GGAGGCAGUGCGCUGCUGCUGCUGCUGUUGCGGUUGCGAGAUAUCCGAGCUCUGUUUUCUUGUCAUUGCUCUCUCAGGGGCCGGACCCCCCGCGAUGCGCGCCUGAGCCAUGAAGAGGCUGAAAGGGGUCCUGGACGGCCUACGGCCCGGAUCGUCCGGCUACCAGACUCCGAAGGAUAAGUCGGACCACCACUCGACCCUCGACAAUGCGGCAGAGUCGGGCUCAGCAUCAGGCAACGCCGCUGCUGACAUCGACACGGUACAGGAGCAGCUGCGGCCGGACCACUUCAAGCUCGCAAAGACUGUUCUUCACGGCUUCCCCUAUCACCCGACUGCAGUGGCCUUCGAUCCUAUCCAACGACUCCUGGCCAUCGGAACACACUCCGGAUCUCUACGGAUAUUCGGACGACCAGGUGUCGAAUGUUUUAUGGAACACAGCGAAUUUCCCAUUCUUCAACUUUUGUUCUUAAUAAACGAGGGGGCCUUGGUAACUGUAACCGGUGAUGACUAUUUACAUAUGUGUAAUAUAAGGCAAAAGAAUCCUGAAAUUGCGCAAUCAUUAAAAUUCCAAAAAGAAAGGUUAACCCACUGCCAUUUGCCUUUUCAAAGCAAGUGGCUCUAUGCCGGUACAGACAAAGGCAACGUUCAUUUAGUUAAUGUCGAAUCUUUCACACUCUCAGGCUAUAUCAUUUACUGGAAUAAAGCGGUUGAGCUUACGUGUAAAAUACAUCCUGGAGCUGUAGUUCAUUUGAGUGAAAAUCCUUUAGAUGCAAACAAGUUACUCAUUGGCUUUGAAAGGGGUCUCGUAGUUCUAUGGGAUCUCAGAAAUAAAGCUGCUGAUGCAAGGUUUAACAGUAGUGAGUCCACUAGUUUAAAGUCAGUAACAUGGCAACUAGAAGGUAGACAAUUUCUCUGUAGUCAAGGUGAAGGUAGCCUUACGACGUGGAAUGUUAAAGUUGCAAACAAACCUGUCUCAGUUGUUUAUCCACAUGCCAAAUCUUUAAUUGAUGGCAAACCAGAACCAUGCAAUGGAAUUUACAAAGUGGAGUCCAAAGUAAACAGGGCAGGGGAGGUAUUUACUGUCUUCUCUGGUGGUUUGCCCUACGAAGAGCAAGGGAAAACAUCUAGCUUAACCAUUCAACAAGGAAGGUCCACAACAGUUUUAGAAAUGGAUUACAGUAUUGUCGACUUUGUGAUGCUCUGUGAAGCGCCUUGGAAUACAGAAUAUCAAGAACCUUAUGCUAUUGUUGUGCUUCUGGAGCGAGAUCUUGUUCUUGUCGAUCUUACGAGUCCUGGUUUUCCUUGCUUCCAAAAUCCAUAUCCUAUGGACUUCCACAAAUCACCUGUCACCUAUUGUGCCUAUUAUGCAGACUGCCCUAAUGACCUGAUACCAGCCUUCUAUUCUGUCGGAUCCAUGGGCACCAAACAAUGUGGUUGUUCAGAUAAGGACUGGCCUUUAGAUGGUGGUGAGUGGGGCACUGCAACUCUUAGCUAUCCUGAAAUCGUGAUAACAGGUCACGCAGAUGGAUCUUUGCAAUUUUGGGAUGCUUCAUCAGUUUCUUUCCAAGUGUUGUACAAAUUAAAAACGACCAAAGUGUUCGAGAGACCAAAGCCGAGGAGCAUAGACGAGCUUGAUGAAGAUCCUUUCGCCAUCGACAAUGUUGCAUUUUGUCUGAACACCCGCCUGCUGGCAGUUGCGGGCUCCAGUGGGCACGUUGUGGUGUAUAAUUUCAAGAAGAAUGAUGCAUCCAUCGAUCUCAAUGUUCUUGAAAUAUCCAUAAAGGGUGAUGUAGAAACAAAUUCUGGAGCAUCAGAAGAAAACGAUCCACUGAAUCGGGCAUUUUCAUUCUCUGCAUCUAACAGGUCCAACUCAGAAGAUAGUGGAAAACAAGGCUCUCAGUCCGAGAACUACUUCCCGCUGCGAGUUCGCAGUGGGCCAGUGCGGAUGGCAGCCGGAUUUCACGCUCACCUCGUGUGCCUCACUACUGGCGUGGAGGGAGAACCUCAGCCAAAAAUCACUGCCCUUGCCAUGCAAUCCAGUUAUGGACUCAUGGCAUAUGGCAAUGAACGUGGACUUGCCAUUGUUGAUGUCCUACAAAAGACAUGUCUCCUAAACAUGGCAACUGCAGAUCUUUACGGCUCCGCCGACCCUUAUCAGAGGCCGCCGAAAUCUCCAAGGAGGACGAGCGGGUGCGUCAAUUCAAGCUGUGAUCAAGAUCAGGGACAUUCCCCCUGCGAGGAGCAGUCCGAUGGCUCCUGUCUGAGUCCGACAAGUCGUUCACAUCCCCACAGGAGGUCCCUGCAUUCUCACGAGAUGCGCCACGCACGUUCCCAAGAAAAAUUUGAGAACAACUUCUCGCGAUCUCGCAGUUCCAGUACAUCCAGUAUCAAAGAUGUAAAUCCUGAUGAAGCUAAUAAUUCAGAGUUUGUAGUUUUUCUUAGAUUCUGUGAAUCGUAUGGUGGAAAAACUGAUUCCUGUCCCAGUCCUAGCCUGUGGGUGGGCACGAGCUUAGGAUCUGUUCUUGUCUUCCUGCUCAUUCUCCCUCCCCCUGGUGAUACCAGGCUACUGCAGCCAGUCAUCAUAUCACCCAGUGGUACAAUAUAUCGUCUUAAAGGUGGAAUUAUCAAUGUUUCUUUCCUUGACUCUUCUGGUAAUGUGAUUGGUGAUUCUAAUGAUCCUUCAAAGGAGAAAGAUAAAGAAGAAAAAAAAAUAAAACUAACGAGUCGGCCUUCAUCGUCUUCCCUGGACCGGAGAGAAAAGCAGUUUGCUGUCUUGACCUCAGAGAGGCGGUCUCAUGUUGUCCUGCUCCCCUCUCAAACAGGCGUCUACCGGAACAUCAUCUCAGAUACCUCCUAUGCCGUCAAAGCGGAUGUCACCUCCCUCAAAGAUCUAGGAUCUAGUUUAAUAUGCUACAUUGCAACUGGUCAUGUGAAUAUAUAUAGUUUACCUAGCUUAAGACAGUUGCAUCAUGUAGAUUUUUUACCUGCGUUGAAUAUGAGGAAUUUUUCAAGAAUGGCUCGAACAUUUUGCAUUAGUGUGAAUGGUCAUGGUUUAUAUCUUUCUUCUCCAUCAGAGGUUCAGAAGUUCAACCUUGCUGCAUCAUUUGGAAACUUGCUCCAGGACAUGAUGGGCACUUUGUUUCUCACGAAAGAAAUGCCAGAACCUCCAAAGCAAGGAUUUUUCAAAGGUCUUUUUGGAGGAGGACCAAGUAUAUUGGACAAAGAAGAACUAUUUGGAGAGGCCAGCGGUAAAAGCUCAAAAACUGUUGCACGCCAUUAUCCUGGGGGAACUGUGGAGCAGGUCAAGGCUCAAAGCUCCUCUUUAGCUGGUGAUGUCCUUAGGGCAAGACAGGCACUCAACGAGAGGGGUGAACAACUAGGCAAACUGGAGGACACAACAGUCCACAUGAUGACCGAAGCCGAGAUCCUUUCCGACAAGUCCCAGCAACUCUUGCUCAAGUACAGAGACAAAAAGUGGUACCAGCUCUGACUCUUCCUCGCCUCCGGUAGGGAUCGCUAGACGAGGCGUUUUUGGAGAUGUUUUUUAAAAAAAUGCUGCGACUCUCUAGUUGUGAUUGUGUGGCCAUGCAGAGAGAUAUAUCAUGCACCUAAAAUAUUAAUGUUGGUGAAAUAUGUUCUAUACAUAAAUAUAGGGAAAGCAGUGACUCUGUUUAAACUAUGUGUCGAAACAGGUAAAUUUGUCGUCUUUCAUAUUUUCCCGGUUCGAUUGGAAAUCGAGUCCGACGGCUCAGAAAAUUAAAAUUCGCGUCGGAAUUUAGCAUCCGUUGAGCACUUGUUAUAUCAUUAACACACACCACAUAUAAAUAUAUACAUACAUAUAUAUAUAUAUUAUAUAUAUAUACUGUUAUUUUUUAUUUAUUUGAAGAAAAAAAAGGCACUUAUCUGGAAGCACCUCUAGCACUUUUGUUUGUUGUCGUCUACUUUGUAUUAUACUGAAGUUAUUUGUGUUUCUUUUAGAGGUGCUCAGGGAAAAAGUGUAGUCUAUUACCAUGUUUUGUGUCUGUCGUCAAAAGCCUUCGAAUACUGCACAUGUGUAACAGGCAUGUAGUCUGAAUUUGGAUGAAACAAUCCACAAGGAAAAUUGCAUCUGAUCUUUGAUUUUAAAAGAAUAUUUUCUGCAUCGUAUAAUUGUGAUGAAUGUUUAACAAUGAAAAGAAAAUGCUAUGCAUGAUGCAUGCAAGUUUCAGAAUUUGUUAAUUUCCUUCAAUGAUUUGUGUCUCCAUUUUUUAUUUCAAGUACAUACUUUCAAAUACAUAUAUAUUUUGUAAAUUUAGCUAUGACCAAAAAAUAAGUUAAGGAAUUAAUAAACAUUUCCAAAAUAUGAAAAUUGUCUUUUCUUUUUUUUAUCAUGUAUUUAUGUUAUUAAAAUACCAAAGACUUUGGUAUUUUAAUGACAUAAUUGUAUGACAUCUGCCCUUCAUUGUCUCCACUGAAAUUUUGAAUCUCUGUACAGACUGCUUUGUAGUUGCAUUGCCAUCUGGAUUAAAAUAUACUAAUUAAUGAUUUAUGUGGCAAUUGCAAUUUGAUUUACCUGGAAUUCAGAAUGUAUUUUUCUUCUGAAAUUUUGAUUAACAGAUGUGUUUAAAUUGCCUUUGAUGUUACGUUAUGGCUUAAUCUGAAAUGCAUUUUCAUUCCUGUCUUUAUGAUUGCAUAUCCAUAAAAUUAUAUUUUAUUCUAUUUAAUUACAUUAACAAUUUAAAUUAAUUGCAUAUUUAGGUUUCCUUGACUGCCAAUCUCGCAUCACCUAUUAAAAUUUUCAAUGUUUUAUCGUUAGUUUGAAAUGGCUAGCUUCUUUGGCUGUAGCACACUGUAGACUUUUGCAGAAAUACUAUGUUCAAUGUUUUACUAGCUGUUCAGAAGCUUUCCUCCUCGAUAUAUAUCAUUAAAAAGAAUUAUUGAUUGGUAUUUUGUUUUGAAAAACAUAAGUUGAAGCAAACAAGAAAUAUAUGUAUGCAUGCCUUUCUGGCUACACUUUUGAAUUAUUCCAAGAUUUGCUCAUGUUACAGUGUUAUUUUUGGCAAAUCUCUGCUUAGCAUAUUGUUUCAGUAGUUUGGAAAUCAUUUUUCUAGUACAAUAUGUUAGUGUUUCACAAUUUUUGUGCAUUCUGCUUUGGACUGAUCACUUUUAUAAAAAUUUCCCUGUAUUAUUCUAAUACUUUUGUCAUUAAUGUUUUUUUUUUCUUUUUUUGUUCUUCUGUGUCUGUAUUAGUCUUUUAAAAAGGUUUUCUUAACUAUAUGUUUGCUGUACACAUCUAGAUGCAAUUGAAGCUCAUAUGUUACAAAACGGGCUGUCCAAUCCCUCAUGACCAUGAGUUAUUUGUGUUUAUAAAUAUAAUAUUGAUUUCCAACUGUUUAGGGUAACAAAACACAAGUCUUUGUUAAAUAGGGUUCUUAAUGAUGUAGUAAUUAACUCAACCUUAUUAACUCCUACAAGGGAAAUAUCAAUCGAAGAACAUCUAAAACCAUGGGAAAGUGUUAUCUGUUAUUAAUUUGAGAGUUCAAGCAUCUAGCUAUAGCCCGGCUAUGACAUCAGUAGUUGUAGCGAAGCUGCUCUUAUACACUUGUGGUUCUACCUUAGUCCCAGCUUAGGACAGUAACUAUCAGCUUAAACUAAGAGUGUUAAAUUCAGUGGUGAUCAUUUUUUCUCAAAGUAAUGCGUAUGACAAACAGUAAAUCUUUUGUUGACCACAAAAUUCAGAAAAAAAAAUAUAUAUAUAUAUAUAUAAGCAUUCAAGAUUGAUUUUACUUUAGCAUGCCUUUCAUUCACCUUGUGAUUGCUAGAUAGCUUAUUUUACAUAAUUAGGGAAAACAUAGAGAAUGUCUGAAACCAAAAGAUCCACUGUCAGAAGAUCCAUAGCCAGUAGGUCAGACGGACAUAGGAUUUGAAACCAAAAGGUCCGAAAGACAGUAUUCAUGAACAUAAGACCAGUGGUGUUGUCAAAGGAGGAUGCAGUGAGGUGGCACCCCUCCCGCCUCCCCUAUGUUUAACACUGCUGCCUUUAUAAUUUUAACACAUCUUAUGUUCGUGUCUGCUAUUGCCCCUCCACAUUUUUCUCAAAGACUGCACCACUUUUGAACUGACAGGAGAUAUUUAAAUAGAAUGAGAAAACUUCAGUUAGUCAAGCUUUCCUUCCAAAAGUGAUUCAAUUUUUUCGCUACAGAUGUUUUUCACUUGGUUCAAAAUUGAGUGUUUUUUUUUUUUUUUUGGUCAAAGUCAUUUAUUAUUUAAAGUUAUCCACUUUCCCAUUAUUUUAUAUGUAUAAUCUAAAUUUUUGUUACAUUGGGGCUUAAACCAAUAAUUUAAAUUAUUUUAGCUCUUAGUUGUACUUCUGUCAUUAACCUAAUUUAACCAAUCAUCCAACCAGAUAGCAAUUCUGCUAGGAGUUUGGACGUCCGUUAAUGUUAUUAGGGAUUCAUGAUACAUUAACAGCAUACUAUUCUGCCAAUAAUGUUCCCUAACUGCAUUUACAAAAUGAUGUAAGGAGCAUCAAAAAUACAAAUUUAAUUUAAAUCUAAGAUAUAAAGCACCACUGCCAGGAAUUUUCCUGUAGGGAUUACUGACAGAGCUUCAUGUAUAUACAAGUAUAUUGGCGUACUCGAAUUGUCAAUAUGGCUUCAGUCCAAGUGUGGUGCACCUCUAGUAUGAAAAUCUGCUUAUAUGAUAGCUUAAUAUUUUUUUGCAUUGGUUUAAAAAAUUUGCUGCAUCAUCCAUUGAGUAAAAUAAUGUUUGGAUAUUUAAAUUAAUCUUUAGUGUUAACUUAACUGUUAAUUAUUUAUGAAAAGGAUCUCGGGGAAAUGAGAAUUGCUACAAAAGGGGAAAAUGUUCAUUAUUGCUAUUCUUUUUCAAAAAAAAAAAAAAAAACCCUCAAACAUGUCAGGGGUUUUUUUUUUUUUUUUUUUUGGGGGGGGGGACUUGAAUUUGGUAAAAAAUGGUUUUGACCAAAAAAAAACGAAAAUAUUUGCUGAUUGAAAUGCUAUCACUACGAAAAUAAAUUUAAGGAUUAGAGUAUUCACAAGUUUGGUAGUCCAUUGCACUACAUUUUUGGGAGCCCUCUUUGUUUAUCAUAGAACUAUGUAAAAUAUUUAUCAUGUGCAUUUUCGGAUUCCUUUGGAAACUCUUAUGAUGGAGGGGUGGCUGUAACAAUUCAAAAAGAUGGUCAAUAAACCAUUGGAAUAGGGGACAUUUAUCAUACUCUACAGUAUCUUAUUAAUAAUUGCUAAACAAUUUUGGUUAUUUGGUUUAUCUAAUUAAAUACCUUAAUCAAGUUUUUAGAUGCCCAAUAAAGUAUUUUUAUAAUGAAUUUUAUGAAAUGAGAUUAAAAAGCUGAAAUACUUCCAUUUCGUGCGAUAGACCACAUAAUUUGUGUUAUGUAGCUGUGAUACAAACUAUCCAGACUGUGUAACUCAUGGUCAGUAAGUUGGACAUCCCCAUUUUAGAGUAUAUCAUUAAAAAGGUGAAGUGUAUCAUAAAGUUGUUAAAUUACUUCAGAAGUUGUCACUCAGAAUUCUACCACAUGGAUGCUGUGUUUGAGCACUCACACAGAAAGGAUUAUAUAUAAUCUGUAUAUAUACAUAUAAGAAUUAUAUCACCCGAUGGAAUUCCUAAAUCUUUUUAUUCGGGUGUUCUUCGUUCGACACAUUUCGCUCUGAUCACGUUCGGAGAAAAAGGGGAAAUUCAAAACGAUUCUAUUUAAAAACUGCUGCAGAAUUGAACAAACUGUGACAAGAAAAGUGACAUUGUAGGAGAGCUGUCUGUUAUUGAUGUUUUUAUUGAUGAACCAAAGCUUAAGAAUAAAAUCUAAUGUUUUCAUA